AUGCCGCCCCUAGCAGGCCACUGGCAUAGCCUCUUGACGAGGCAUGUCAAGACAUGGAAAGCAGCCGCUAAACAAGUUCAGAAAAUCGUACAGAGCAAGGUAGCCCAGUCGGCACGCGCUGAACUCGAGCCUGUCUUGGUCCGUAGCUCUGCACGACAGCCACUCCACCCUGCUGCUCGCAUCAGACAGCAUCAGAGCCGCUGGUUCAGCAGCUCUUCGCGUUCCGCCUUCAAGGACACGGUUCGCCGCCUCACUUCGAUUGCUGAGCAAUCCUCCGGACACCGGUACAAGCGCAGCUCUCUGCCCACAUCCAGCGUCGGCAAUGCCGUCAUCCGUCACUCUGGUCGCGCUCCUUUCGCCUCGACUCUGCGACCAAACCUUACUGGAGGCACCCUAGGACGUACAUCUGGAGGAUAUUCGCUUGGAGGUGGUCGUGUUGGAGGCCAGAGAUAUUUCUCCCAUGGUCCUGCCAGCCAAGCACAAGUUGUCCAGAACGUUUCUCAGGCUGUCCGUGCCUUUCUCGUAUCUGGAAACAAGGCUCAAUUCAACGGUGUCAACCCUCGUGGAGAGAAUUCGUACAAGACCGUCACCAUCACCCAGGACGACACUGCCAAGAAGUUGCGUUCGCUUCCCAAGCAGACCCCUGGCUCUUACAUUUCCUUCCCCAUCAACCCCACCAUCACCGCCUUGACCUCCUUUGAUGCUGUCGUUGGCUACGCCGACGCCGAGCACGUGAACUCUGACGGUCUCCUUGACGGCCUCACUGUCGACUUCUCCCGCUCGCUCAAAGAUCUGACCGCUGUCCUGAGCGAUCUUAGCAAGCUCUCGAACUUGGGAGAUCUGCCCAUCACAUAUGAAGGCUCAUCGCUACGCAUUCAUUUCCCGGGCUGCGAUGCCGAUACUGUUGACAGAUUGCGUGAUGAGCUGCAAAUCCAGCGAGGUGUCACUGUUCAAGAUGAAGACUUUGACAACUUUGUUGGAUCCGAGAUUGCGCUGCUGUUCCCUUUCGCUCCAAGCACACAGGAGUCUGAGAGUGGCAGCGAGUUCUACGAAUCACCAUCUGGAAGCCACACUAAGCCUAUCGAAUGGCAGACGAUGAUCACACCUUCAGAGAGCAGCAUCGGUCGCGAACUGUCGAUGAAGUCUGACACCCUGUCCGAGCUCGACUUUGAGUUUGACAGCCCAGCCAUGGCCUCAGACUAUGAGUCCCUGCAUUACUCUAGUUCUGGCGAACGCGAAGACGCUCAGAGUCCUCUGGAAUACCAAAACUUCGAAGGCAUUUACAGGUUCAUUGAACAGUGCGACUCGCACCGGCAUUGA